AUGAUUUGGAUAGAAGAUGUGGAUUACGGUGGAGAAGCCGAUGGAAUCGCAACGGUGGUCGACUGCGGUCGACUACGCCUAACUGUCCACAACAGAACAGCCCACGCCAAUUUUGUGAGCCUUCAGAGCGCGAAGCACGAAUCGCUGGUACGAUUUGAGGCCAUGGGCUCGUCCGCUCCUUUCGGUGAUCUGUUUUCCUCAGACGACUUUGACUCCCAAGGCUUUCUGCAUGCGCCGACACCGCGGUGGUCUGAUCAAGCGGACUCGGUCUCACCGUUUUCUGACUCUUAUCCAUCACUAUCUACCGAUCACCAACGAGCACUGAGAUCAUCUACUCCUUGUCUCCGACCUCAUCUGCGAGCGCAGAAAUUGACUCUGCUUCAACCAUCGGAAUGGGAUCAGAACAAAACGUAUAAUGAUGAUCCUCCCAUUUGCCUCUGCAUCACGAUCGGGUGGAAAGUGACUCUGAAUGGCAAGCCUUUCAGGCGAGACACUGAGCAGGAUGUCGUGUUGACACUCGCUUCGUACUGGGAGCUCUUCUUACAUUCAAAAGUCGAGGAUGCUGCGGCUAAGAAGCGUGCCCAGGAGAAGGCCAUGACGUUGCAAGGCGCAGAGAUCACGGUCUCAGUCAAACAACGUGGAGAGCGACCCCUAAUCAAGCAAUACAAUGAGACCAACAUUGACUGGUCUACGAUUGAGAAACAACUUAUUAAGUGGGGUGAGGUCUUUCCAGGAAAGGAGCUGCGAGUGGAUCUGUCCGUCAAUUACAAAGAUUCUGAGGACGCAGGCCAACAACUGAAGACCAGUUCAGCGAAGAGACCGGACAAACGCUCUGCGCGGUCAGCCACGCAACAAAUGCGAGCUGAACUUGAUGCCGAGCUUGACGAUCAACAGGCCUCAGGCAAACCUGCUAUCUGGCCGGGUGUAUUCCAUCUCUUCCGAUGUCUUUUGUCUUCGUGCAACGCGCCAAACUACUGCUGGCCUGACCCGGUCGCCGGGGUACAUCGAAAACUGAAUAAUCCUAUGCUCAAGAAACUCGUCAAGUACGCUGAAGACGGCAACCCUCUGAAUACUCCCAAUGAUGUCCCGGAAGGUCUUCGAGAGGAGAUCCGUUUGGAAGAUCAGCAAAGAUAUGAUCGCAAAAGGAAGGCGAGAGCGGUAUCUCCCCAACAUUAUCCUCCUGUUAAUAUCACUAAUUAUUUGCCUGGUCACCCUGAGCCAGCAUCACUACAGCCUCCGGACGUGAAAGCUGACUCCGUAAACGCCGCUCCAAAAGCAGUGAGUGCUCUUGACAUCCCAGGUUUUCGUGAUGAUGCAGUCAAAGAUUACGUUCAUUACCUGCAAAGUAAAGUACGCAAUAAGCGGCAUCAAGCUGAGUUCGAAAAAGCCGGAAAUAUCGUGUUGGACGACUUCCUUGAUCUGGACCAAGUCUACCAGGAACAUAAUACUGACUUCUUCACCGCACGAGAUGUGAAAUUGGCCCCAGCCAUCCAAUUUAUCAGGGAUAUUCCCGCUUUCGUUAGGCAUCGGCAAGCGAAGGAUAACUACGUGUGAGAUUUGGCAAAAGACUGAUUUUUCUUGGGGUAUGGUGUUGAUAGAUGCUGUAACAUUGUAUAUGCACUGGUCAGAGAGCCUUGUAGAUCGCAGAUUGAUAACCUUUCAAAAUUUU